AUGCAUCAUCUGACGAGAGCUAUGUGGGUCAGAGCCUAUUAUCCACGGGUCGGCAAGGGAGAUCGUCUGUCCGUAACGAAUAGUAGGUGGUCGUUAAGCUCAGCUGUCCAGUUCGUUCGGCAGAAGCCGAGAGGAUGCUAUUUCCGCAUCCGGCGAGAGCUGGACUGGGGCCCGCCAGACGCGAACAAUACAACCUUCAACCUCAACCAGUAUCUUCCACUACAUUCCAACUCAACACAUCUUACAUCUUUCCUUCCAUCCGCUACUCCCAAAAUGCGGUUCAUUCCAGUUGCCCUCGGCCUUAUGGCCACCACUAGCGUCAUGGCUAAUCCUGCCAACGUCCAAUCCGUGACUGUCCAGCUGGCCAACGAUCAGUCUGGGGCCAACGCCAACGUUGAUAUCCCUGCCGACGGCAAUCAACGCUCCGUCCAGGCUCUCUGGGUUAAAACCUCUGUGUCCACGAACGGCAUUGUUUCUGCCUCGAGCGCCCAGCUCAAUAAAUUCCAGCAAACGACCCAUUGCCGAAUUACUCAGAACCCCAAUGUGAACGCUGAGCUCGAUGCGCAGCGCACCUGGACACAGCUUGACCAGGGAAAGGUGGUCCAGCUCACUCACGCAUUCAUUGUCUGCAAGGACUAG